GUUCGUGAGCUGUAUCAAGACCAUUACGAGAAGGCUCUGUGUUGGUGCUCUCGGUUCCCUGACAACUCCUCAGCUCGUUGCCUUUCAGUAUUUUCAGAGGCAUCAAAUAAUGACCUCUGAAAUGUUGCCAGCAUUUAUUGAGUCUUCUAAUGUUGAAAGAAAGCAAAGCUUAAGUGAAGAUCAAGAGAAGAGCCAGAAGCCAAGAUUAGGUGAAGGGUUUGAACCAAUAUCUAAACGACAGAUGAAGAAGCUAAUUAAACAGAAACAAUGGGAAGAACAACGAGAACUCCGCAAACAAAAGCGGAAGGAAAAACGCAAGAGAAAACAAUUAGAGCGACAAUGUCAACUGGAAUCAAACUCAGAUGGAAAUGACAGAAAACGUAUUCGAAGAGAUGUUGUUCACAGUACACUUCGCCUUAUCAUUGACUGCAGUUUUGACAGCUUGAUGGUAUUAAAGGACAUUAAGAAACUUCAUAAGCAGAUUCAACGAUGUUAUGCAGAAAAUCGACGAGCACUGCAUCCUGUGCAGUUUUACUUGACAAGCCAUGGAGGCCAGUUGAAAAAGAACAUGGAUGAAAAUGACAAAGGAUGGGUCAACUGGAAGGAUAUCUACAUCAAACCAGAGCAUUAUAGUGAAUUCAUAAAGAAAGAAGACCUGAUUUAUCUAACAUCAGACUCACCUAAUGUAUUGAAGGAAUUAGAUGAAUCAAAGGCCUAUGUGAUUGGAGGGUUAGUAGAUCACAACCAUCACAAGGGACUCACAUAUAAACAAGCAUCAGAUCAUGGAAUUGACCAUGCACAGCUACCCCUUGGAAAUUUUGUGAAGAUGAAUAGUAGAAAAGUUUUGGCAAUUAAUCAUGUGUUUGAGAUUAUUCUGGAAUAUCUGGAAACCAGAGACUGGCAAGAAGCAUUUUUUACUAUUUUACCCCAACGGAAAGGAGCUGUUCCCACAGACAAAGCCUGUGAAGGUUCUUCGCAUGACAAGAAAUCUGCCAGGGUUGAAGAUGGAUUAGACAGUGAUUCCAGUGAGGAAGAAAAUAACAGAAAUGAACUAGAAUUACCACAUGAAGAAGAAAAGCAGGAUAAAGAAAAUAGCAAUGAAUCUACAGUGAACUCUAGACCACACUAAUGUCAUCUGUUGUUUUUUAUUUUGUUUUUUGUUUUUUUAGCUUAAGGAAAACUUAGGAGAAAAUGAGGUGCUUCAUAGAAUAUUCUAAUUGGGAGAAAAUUUUAUUUCCUCUUAUUUCUGUUGUGAAUUUUGAAAACUUUUUUUAGAGCUAAGUGAUAAAAAGCCCUUAUAAGAAAGUAUUUUUGUUUUUGCAUAAAAUUUAAAUGUUUAAUAUUUAAAAUAAUUUUCUAAGUCUCAACAGUUUCUUGAGAAUUUUACUUUAUUGGUAAACCUUCAUUCUCUUUUAUUUACUGGAUUAUAUUUUUUAGAAUGUGCCUUCUGACCUUUCAGUUUUACUUUUUUAUGUUUAUAUCAAGUGUCUUUCUGAUUUAUUGCCUACUUAGUUGUGGAGAUAUUCAUAAAUCUCCUGUAAGUCUACCAAAAUGUUCUGUAUGGGAGGCUACCUCCUAUUUGCAGCUUUUUUAUUCAACUCAGUUACUUCAAAAGAAUGCAGUUAUUUUAGGAAGAAGUAUUAGAUUGAUAAGCUCAACAAUUUAUUUCUUUUGGACUAUGGAGCCCAUCUCUGUUCCUUCUCUGUGAUGCCUUUUCGUGGUUCUAAAGCAAUCACUGAAGAGUAAAGACUCUCUUUAAUGUAUUUUCUUGAUUUCAAUAAUGGUGGUAAAUUAUUUCAAUUACAAAUGUAAUUUUUCAGACUAGAUUAUUUUAAAAGGCCGUUGAGUAUUAAUUUUGUCUUAAAUUUAAAAGGAAACAGCUCUUAGCUAUCCUUUCCUUCUAUAUGAACUUCUAUUAAAUAAAAUAUUUCUUGGUUCUUAAAGUGAAUAAAGUUAACUUUAUAUGUGCAUCUGUCUACUAGCAUAUAAUAUGCAAGCUUAUAUAACUGUAUGUUUCUGUAAAUAAUCUAAGCAUGUAUGAAAAAAUAUAUAUAAUUGUAUAUAUAUCUGUCCAUAAUCGUGUAUCAUUAAUGAUAACAGGACUGA